AUGGGUAACAUGAUUCUCAUGUACUACCCAAAGUACGACCCUCUGGCCGAGGUCACGACUGUGGGAAACCGCACAGUGAAGGGCAUCUUCCAUCCUGCAACGUACGCCAACAACGUUCUUCCACCCGGCGCAGCCCGCUUCAGACAGAUGUGGGAACAGACUAAGUUGCCCCUCUGGAUCCUUUAUCCUGGCAUCUACGCCACCGUCGGCUGUGACUCUUUGUGGCGGGACGAAUUCGCCCAAGUUGUUGUGCCUAGCAUCCUCGGCAUGCUCCAACGCAAGCGACAAAUGCACUCUCGCCUCCGCCUCCCCGAUGGCACCAUCACGUUGCCUCAGAGGAUGAAAAGAGGCCAUGGAAAACCGUUCCAUGGAGUUCCGUUCCAUGGAGGGCAAAAUACGGAGUAG